UAUCCAACAAUGAAAUUAACUAUCAACGCUCCUAAGGCCAUAUCCAGAUUGCAGAUUCACUUGGGUUAGUGUUUUUCACCCUCAACAACUUGUGAAUGUGUAGACUUCAACUCCCAGCUGGCUGGAGAAUUCUGGGAAUAGAAAUCCACACUUUCUAAAGCUGCCAUGGUUGAGAAACAUUGAUUUGGUCCUAACUAUUGGCCAAAUAGUUACUGACCAAAUUAGGGACGUGGUGGCUCAGUGGCUAAGAUGCUGAGCUUGUCGAUCGAAAGGUCGGCAGUUCAGUGGUUUGAAUCCCUAGUGCCGCGUAACGGGGUGAGCUCCCGUUACUUGUCCCGGCUUCUGCCAACCUAGCAGUUCAAAAGCACGUAAAAAAAUGCAAGUAGAAAAAUAGGGACCACCUUUGGUGGGAAGGUAACAGCGUUCCGUGCGCCUUUGGCGUUGAGUCAUGCCGGCCACAUGACCACGGAGACGUCUUCGGACAGCGCUGGCUCUUUGCCUUUGAAACGGAGAUGAGCACCGCCUCCUAGAGUCGGGAACGACUAGCACAUAUGUACGAGGGGAACCUUUACCUUUACCUAUUGAUGAAGGCCAUAUCAUAACUGACCACUGCACUUUUCUUGAAAGACCUUUCCAAUGGAAUCCAGUUUAUCUCCAACAGGACAGUGACCAGCACACAUUUAUGAAACUCUUUCCUUUUUUAAAAAAAAAAUUAACAUGCUCUUCACGGUGCUAGGAUGCUGCAUGCCACCAGUCCCCCUCCCCUCCUGGCGCCGCUUCUUUGCAAGACUAACCAUUGCGUAUCUUUGCUCAGAGCUAAAGGUGGACGGUGUAGACAUGGGAACCGAGGGCGGGUGUUCCUAGCCAAAUAGCAGGGCAUGGCAGAAAGUGAGGAAGCUGGCGACGACGCCCAAGACCCACCUGUCCGCCUCUGGGUACGACGGAUGGGCGUCUACUGCGAUGAGAACCAAGCAACAUGGCUGGUGGCACCAGAAGAGGAAGGAGGGACGCUAAAAGCCCGGAUCAGAAGAAUCCCCGUCCCCCUGGGUGAAGCCGUGCGCCCCAGCCGCCUUCCUGCUUCUCAGCUGCCCCACAUGUGGCAGCUCUCAGAGGGGCCGCAAUACCGGGACAGUAACUCUCGCAUCUGGGACAUUGAACAUCACUUAACGGUCAUGGGAGUGGAAGAGCUGCUGUUGAAACUCCUGACCAGCAAUUAAACCCGGAGCUGCAACGCCAGGACAGUGGUCCCGUUUGGGUUUUCUUUUUAUGUGUUAACUCCUAGCACUCAAAAAUGCCGCUGCCCGCGAGGCGGAGCACGGCGUGCGCCUCUCUUUACCGCCCAC